GCGAGUGGAAGGAAAAGCAGAGGCGGCCUCCGGCCCGGAGACAGGGCGGCGGGACGGGGGCGACCCAGGAGGAGGAAGAUGAGCCUCAAGUCGGAACGCCGAGGCAUCCAUGUCGAUCAGUCGGAGCUGCUCUGCAAGAAAGGAUGUGGUUACUAUGGCAACCCUGGGUGGCAAGGCUUCUGCUCCAAGUGCUGGAGGGAAGAGUAUCAAAAGGCCAGGCAGAAGCAGAUCCAGGAGGACUGGGAGCUUGCUGAACGGCUGCAGCGUGAGGAAGAGGAAGCCUACGCCAGCACUCAGCACCCUCAAGGGGCCCAGUCGGCCCAGUCGCUCACGUUCUCCAAGUUCGAGGAGAAGAAAACCAACGAGAAGUCACGGAAAGUGACGACCGUGAAGAAAUUCUUUGGGGCUUCUUCCCGGGCAGGAUCCAAGAAAGUGCUGGCUGGCAAGCUGAGAGAAGUCCAGGAAGCCAAGGCUGCCAGUCCGAUAAGCAGGCAAGUCAGUAUUGAAACGGACAGAGUGUCCAAGGACUUCUGUGAGUUCUUGAAGACCUACCACAAACCUGGGCAGGAGAUCUACAAGCAGUGCAAACUCUUUCUGGAAGCCAUGCAUCACAAGCGGGAUCUGAGUAUCGAAGAACAGUCCGAAUACACCCAGGACUUCUAUCAGAAUGUGGCGGAUAAGCUGCACGCCCGCUGGAAAGUGUCCCCAGAAAAAGUGGAAAUGGCGAUGGACCAGAUUGAGAAAUACAUCAUGACCCGUCUAUAUAAGUAUGUUUUCUGCCCGGAAACUACUGAGGAUGAGAAGAAGGACCUUGCUGUUCAAAAGAGAAUCAGGGCUUUGCAUUGGGUGACUUCACAGAUGCUGUGUGUCCCUGUUGAUGAGGAAAUUCCCGAAGUUUCUGAUGUGGUGGUGAAAGCAAUCACAGACAUUAUUGAGAUGGAUUCGAAGCGGGUUCCGCGGGACAAGCUGGCCUGCAUCACCAGCUGCAGCAAGCACAUCUUCACCGCCAUCCGGACCACGAAGAACGAGCCGGCCUCCGCAGACGACUUCCUGCCUACCCUCAUCUACAUCGUUCUGAAGGGCAACCCGCCCCGCCUGCAGUCCAACAUCCAGUACAUCACUCGGUUUUGCAAUCCCAGCAGGCUCAUGACAGGAGAGGACGGCUAUUACUUCACUAACCUGUGCUGUGCCGUGGCCUUCAUAGAGAAGCUGGAUGCGCAGUCCCUAAACCUGAGCGAGGAAGACUUUGACCGUUACAUGUCUGGCCAGGCAUCUCCAAAGAAGCAGGAACCCGAGAACUGGUCGGCUGACAUGUGCGUGGGCGUCCGGCAGAUGUACAGGAACCUCGAUCUCCUCUCCCAGCUCAACGAGCGGCAGGAGAGGAUCGUGAGCGAGGCCAAGAAGCUGGAGAGAGAUCUGAUUGACUGGACCGACGGGGUCGCCAAGGAAGUCCAAGAGAUCGUCGAGAAGUAUCCCUUGGAGAUCAAGCCCCCCAACCCGGCCUUGGCGGCCAUCGACUCUGAAAACGUCGAGAACGACAAACUCCCGCCACCAUUGCAGCCUCAGGUGUACGCUGGAUGAUAGCCGCUUCUGGGGCAGCGGCAGGCACGUUCCCUUCACGCUGCUUUCUGCUUCUUGGCGGGUGGCCCGAGAGAUGCUUCAGAGGGGUUUAAAGCUGGCACAUUUUUUUAGAGGUACUAUUACUGCCAGGGGUGCCCGGCAGUGUUUGUUUUAGCCAGAAAAUAGGUUUGUUUUCAGGGUUGUGUGUAUGGUGAAGGUGAACUGAAUUUAACUUCUUCUUUUUUUUUACACAACUCCAGUGUAAUUUUAACGGGACACCCAGGGGUGUGCGUGUGCAGUUUUCCCUUCCAGGCGUGGUCUUUUUUUUUUUUUUUUAAACCCGGUUGACGUGUGUUUGGCCCUCCCGCUCCCCUUCCCAAAUCAAGGCGAUG